GAAGCGGAAGCGGGCUGCGCGUCGGGGUUUGGCCUAUCUGGGUCGGCGAGAGCGGUGUGUUCCAGGCGGCCUGGCGAGGGGCUCCAUGGCCUCGGCCAGCAUCGACAUCGAGGAUGCGACGCAGCACCUGCGAGACAUCCUCAAGCUGGACCGGCCCGCAGGUUCUGUAAAUGAAAACCAAAGAUCAUCUAGUUCAUACAAUGGAGACCUCAAUGGUUUGUUGGUACCAGAUCCCAUAGCAAGUGGAGAUGGUGUUUCCUUGGCCAAGCCUAUCCCUCAAACAGUUCCUCUGGGAGCACUGCAGGAGAAGCAAGUCAUCUGCCUCUCUGGAGAUGAUAGCUCCACUGGAAUGGUUAUCACUGCUAAAGAUGUUGAAAUAGUUGCCAGCAGUGACUCCAGCAUCACCAGUAAAGCUCGAGGGAGCAACAAGGUAAAAAUCCAGCCAGUGGCCAGAUAUGAUUGGGAGCAGAAAUACUACUAUGGGAAUCUAAUAGCUGUGUCAAAUGCCUACCUGGCAUAUGCCAUUAGAGGUGCCAGCAAUGGCUCUGCCAUGGUGCGAGUCCUGAGUGUCAGCACAGCGGAGCGGACUUUGCUGAAGGGCUUUACUGGUGGUGUUGCAGACUUGGCUUUUGCUCACCUCAACUCCAAUCAGCUGGCCUGUCUGGAUGAAGCUGGCAACCUUUUUGUUUGGCGCCUGGCCAUGGAAAAUGGAAAAAUUCAAGAAGAAAUUUUAGUGAACAUCAAACGACCCGAUGGGACUCCUCUGAAUAGCUUCAGGAGGAUCAUAUGGUGUCCUUUCAUCCCUGAUGAGAAUGAGGACGGCUGUGAAGAAGGCAGUCAAACUCUGGCUCUCUUGCAUGAGGAUCGGGCAGAAGUCUGGGAUCUUGAUAUAAUCCGAGCCAACCAUAACUCCUGGCCAGUGGAGGUGACUAACAUCAAAGAAGGCUUCAUUGUGGUGAAAGGUCACAGCACGCGCCUCAGUGAAGGAGCCCUUUCCCCUGAUGGCACUGUCUUAGCCACAGCAAGCCAUGAUGGCUUUGUUAAGUUCUGGCAGAUUUACAUCGAAGGACAGGAUGAGCCAAGGUGUCUCCAUGAAUGGAAACCCCAUGAUGGCAAGCCCCUGUCUUGCUUGCUGUUCUGUGACAACCAUAAAAAACAGGACCCAGAAGUUCCAUUUUGGAGGUUUCUCGUCACAGGAGCAGACCAGAACCGAGAGCUGAAAAUGUGGUGUACCGUGUCAUGGACUUGUUUGCAGACUGUCCGAUUUUCGCCAGAUAUAUUCAGCUCUAUGAGUGUCCUACCUAGCCUGAAGGCUUGCCUGGAUCUUUCUGCUGAGUAUUUGAUUUUGAGUGAUGUGCAGCGAAAGGUCUUGUAUGUGAUGGAACUUGUCCAGAACCAAGAGGAGGGCAAAGCAUUUUUCAGCUCCAUCUCAGAGUUCCUGUUGACUCAUCCAGUCUUAAGCUUUGGUAUCCAGGUGGUCAGUCGCUGCCGGCUGAGACACACAGAAGUCCUGCCAGCAGAAGAGGAGAGCGAUGGCCUGAGUUCAGAAGGCACGCAGGGUACAGGAGCAGUGGAAUCAGCUGCAGGAGUGCUUAUCAAACUCUUCUGUGUCCAUACUAAAGCCCUUCAGGAUGUACAGAUCAGGUUCCAGCCUCUUCACAGUCCAGACACAGCUGCUCCAAUGCCUUCCCAUGGCUCCCACGAAGAUUUUGCAUUCCCAGACCACCUCACUGACCUGGGUGCAGAAGGCCUGGGGUCAGAGAGAGGAUCCGUGCAUGGCUCACAGCCGGAUUUACAUCGCAUUUCUGAGUUAUCUGUGCCUGUGGACUUCCUCUCCCCGUCCAGCGAUACCAAACCAAAGCUCAUGACUCCAGAUGCAUUCAUGACUCCCAGUACAUCUCUGCAGCAGAUCACAAUGUCGCCUGGAAGCAGCAUUAGUUCCCUCACAGCUGUCACUUCCAUGAGCAGUUCUUCAGUCAGUGAUCCUCCAGUUCCUAGGCCAUCUGAAGAAGUAUCUUCAAGUCCAAAGAUGCAGUUGGAUGCCAGCCUUGGAUUGAGCAGCAGUAGUGGGAAUCUACAAACAAGCCCACGAAGUCAUUCGGUUCUUCUCCCUGGUCUUUCUGACAGGCUGACCCCAAAGGCCCCCAUCUCGAUUUCCCCAGAAAAUGCCUCACAUGCACUGGAGCGACAAGAAGUGGAGCCUCUGGUGGUCCCUCAGUCUUCUCCUACCCGCGAACGCUCCCCAGAUGUCAUUUCCUCAGCCUCCACGGCCAUGUCUCAGGACAUCCCCGAGAUUGCCUCAGAGACUCUGCAACGCAGCUUUGCCGCUGCCCCUUCAGGGCUCCCCGUGGAAGUCCUGGACCCCAACCAUCACACAGACAGCAUGGCCUCGGCAGCAUCAGCCUUGCACUUGCUGUCCCCCCGAAACCGGCACAGUUCCGAGCACAGCCACCACUCCUUAGACAUGGCUCCCAAUGAAGUGGACAUGCUGACAGCACCCUCCCUGCUGGAGACAGUCUUGCCUCAGGAAACUUCAGCUUCUGACCCUACUGUGAGCCAGCCGUGGCCAGCUGCUCCUGACAUCACCAGAGAAACUAGAAACAGCAUGGCAGACAGCCCCAGGAAUGAAGUUGAAGAAAAACACAAGGGUCCUUAUCACAGGCACAGUUACCACCUGUUGCAUGAUAGUCAAGAUGCCAAUGCUGAGCAAAGUGAUCAUGACGAUGAAGUUGCAGGCUUGGCCUCUGCAUCAGGUGGAUAUAGUGCCAAAGCAGCUGCCCAGAGGCUGCCUGUGAAGGACUGGAAAGCCAAGGUCUCUCCACGCGUCUCCCCAAAGCUUAAGAGGAAAGGGAAGAAAGAUGAUGGUUCCAGGGAUGUAACUCAGUCCCCAAGAUCUUUUGAUCAGCAGGUUGCUUCAGAGUACCAGGAUGAACUGAUAUCGCUUCUGAGGAGCCAACAGAGGGAAAUUGCUGAACUGAGACAGAACCAAAUGGAGCUAAUGCAGAGGUUAAGCGAUCACUUGGAUGCUGUGCAGAGCUCCCUUAUGGGCCACAUAGAGCGAGUGGCAGAUUCCCAGCAAGAGCAGGAACAGCGGAGGCUGGACCAGGCCUUAGCUGAAGGGCAGCAGCGCGGUGGGCAACUGCAGGAGCAUCUCUUCCAACAACUUUCCCAGUCCCUCUCCACGGCUGCUUGCAAUCGGCUGGAAAGAUGCAUCCGUGAAGAGAUGAAGAAGGUGGUGCCGCCCUGCAUUUCCAAGACCUUGGAUCCUGUCACUGGGCAGCUGAGUAACACCAUUGCAAACAAGCUGACUGCCAUUGAGGGGACAUUGAAGGAGAAUGUCACCAAACUAGUGAAAUCAAAGAACUUAACGGAUGCUAUUGCCCGGGCAGCAGCUGAUACCUUGCAAGGACCCAUGCAAUCUGCAUAUCGGGAAGCGUUUCAGAGUGUGGUGCUGCCUGCUUUUGAGAAGAGCUGUCAGUCAAUGUUCCAGCAAAUCAAUGACACCUUUAAGCAAGGCACCCAAGAAUAUAUUCAGCAGUUGGAGACUCAUAUGAAGACUAAGAAGGCCCGGGACCAGGAUGCCCGAGACUCGCAGCUGGGCCAGCUACGACAGCUGAUCACCACAUUUCAGAGCACCACUGACCAAAUGGCGUCCACCAUUGCAGCUAGUGUGCACACUGAGGUGCAACAUCAGCUCCAUGUGAUCGUGGGCAACAUGCAAGACUCCAUCCUGGCUCAGGUGCAGCGCGUGAUCAAGGGAGAAGUGAGCACGGCCAUGAAGGAGCAGCAGGCGGCCGUCACCUCCAGCAUCAUGCAGGCCAUGCGCUCUGCGGCAGGCACCCCCAUCCCUGCCACUCAUCUAGACUUUCAAUCCCAGCAAGCGCAUGUACUGCAACUGUUACAGCAGGGGCAUCUGAAUCAAGCCUUCCAGCAGGCUCUCACUGCAGCAGAUUUGAACCUGGUCCUCUAUGUUUGUGAGAUGGUUGACCCUCAGCAAGUGUUUGGGCAGCAUCCCUGUCCAUUGUCCCAGCCUGUCCUCCUGUCCCUCAUCCAGCAGCUUUCUUCAGAUUUAGGAGCUCGGACAGAACUUAAACUUAAUUACCUGGAGGAGGCGGUGAUGCACCUAGACCACAGCGACCCCAUCACGCGUGACCACAUGGGCUCAGUGAUGAACCAGGUGCGACAGAAGCUCUUCCAGUUCCUGCAGGCCGAGCCUCAUAACAGCCUGAGCAAGCCUGCUCGCCGGCUCAUGAUCAUGCUCCAAGGCCUGGUCACGCCUAACAUCUCCUAACAAGGCCUUUUGACCAGUCUUGUGUGAUGGCACCCACCAUUGCUAACCAAAUGUGGCUGCUUUUUUCCUUUUCGUUUUCUAAAAGUUCAAGUAAGGAGAAAAAUGCACCCACGCGACAUGUAUAAAUGGAUAUAAGGGGCUGUCCAAGUCCAGCUGUGUUACUUGUAUAACCUGAAGUACAUUUUAUUUCUCUGUGCAAGCAACCCCCCCCCCC